AUGCAUUCAUCACCACGCAAAAUUGCCUUUCUAGGCUGCGGAAACAUGGGGUCGGCGAUUUUAUUAGGAUUGCUAGACGCCUUGGAUGGAGUCAAUUUUGGUGAUGAUCCGACCUGGAACUUCACCGCAUGCACCAAAACCGAACGCUCCGCAGCUGCGCUGGUUGAGAGGCUUAGUCAGCAUGCGACGCGGGUUCAAGUACUACACGGGCAGAGCGAAACGAUUCUUGUGGAAGCUGAUGUAGUAAUACUGGGAGUAAAGCCGUACCUCGCAAAGGGGAUUUUGAGCAAGCCAGGGGUUGGCCAAGCUCUGGCUGGAAAGCUGGUCAUUAGUCUGAUGGCGGGAGUUUCAGUAGACGAGAUGCCACGGAAUCCGCCAGUGCAGAGACAUAUGUCGUGA